AUGGGCCGACCUCGUAAAUCAGGAACAGCAAGGAAAGCAAGGGUAGAGCAAAGGGAAGCCUCUAUAGAGGAUGAUGACAGGCCACAAAUGGAGAGUCAAAAUGCUCCAACACAGCCGGCCGAUCAAGACACUGCACAUUCAACCGAUGGUGUGCAGCAGAUAUCGAACUCCAAAGGACGGAACGGGUCAACAUCCACAACUCCAUCUCCAAGGGCAUACUCAUCUGAAGCCACAAUACCCACAGUUGACAGCGACUUGGUCUCAACAUCCGAAUAUUCAUUCAACAUCAUAACUACUGCUAUGCACGAUGAUAUGUUUGCCAUCGAUCAAUUGCCGAAUGUUGGCUUAUUGAGCUCACACGAGGCACUCGACAGCUUGGACAGCCCGCUCCACGCCAUAUAUGGCAGUGGGAUUGAAGCACAGGAAAUCGAUAUACACGAUAUACAGGAUCAAAACACUUUGGUCGAAGCUUGCAGGGAUCUUGGUGAUCGAACAUCCAUGUGGACGAACAGCAAACAGCAGGAUGUUUUUAGCAUAUUGAAUGGUUCACCGGAUCUUAAUCAUCCCGCAAAUAUUGAAACAUAUUCUGUUCGCCCAACGACGGAUAUUACGCUCUUCAGUGACAAUCGAGCUCCUAUCCUGGACCCCGCGACACCAGAGUUAUUCCGCCAACUCCCACUAUCACCGGUAAACCAAAUCGGCUUUCAAGCUCUUGGGCCCAUCAGACCGGAAUCUUCAGGCUGUGAAUGUUACAAAUUGGUACUGCGUUUACUUCUCCAACUAGAUGAGGCUCUUCAUGACACAAACGCCAUGAAACUGGAUACCGCCCUCCAAAUGAACAAGGACAUUUUUGCCCAUAGUAAGAAGAUGUUGGAUUGCUCUUCUUGUACCGGAACACAGUCAAGUCAACAUCUCCUUCAGGUCAUGCUUGUCGAUCGCGGCAUUGGGGUGCUGGAAUCAAAACUCAAGAAUAAAUCGCCUAGUAUCCCCCCGCCGCGCCUCUCUCCUCUACAUCAUUUGGCCGACAAGUACCGUGACCAGAAACCUUCUAUCAUGUUCCCAUUCGAUGAAUUUUCCAAUUUUUGGAAAAAAGAUAUUGUAGAGUCGGCUGAAGACUGUUCUUUGCUCGUUGGUAGCUAUGAAAUCUCAGUGGAGAAAAAUAUUUUCAUCAAAAAGCUGCUUCAAAAGCGACUAGACAACUGGGCCGCUAUGCUAGAGGAUCUGCAAAAGAUCACACUCGGAACGAUUGCAAACUCUAGAUCUUAG